CCCCCACUAAAGAACCCUCACUCGAUUUUUCAUUUCCGUUCUUCUCGAGCAACCACGGAGCCGUCUCGUCUCGAAGAGCUGCUUCAAGACUCAAGAGUAGGAAUUUAAUCGAGCACUUGGCGGGCGCUACUACAAAUUUUUUGGCUCCCAAUAUGAUGAAGGCUAACAAAACUGCUCUCCUAAAAUUUGCAGAGAGGUGCAAGAAUAUUCUUGCUUCCAACUGGAUUGGUACUCUCAAUACGAUCAAAGCCGAUGCUAAAGGAAGCAAGGAGAACAUUCACACUUCAAAAGUUAUGUACAUGAUCAGGAAAGGAAGGCCAUACAUUUGGAUUCCUGAGAAGGAUUUGCAUAACGUGAAUACAAUAAUUGAUGAGCGUAGUUCAUUUGCUGUGGCCAGUCCUUUCCCAGGUCCUCUAGCUUCCUUGUUCAGAUCUCUGGAAAAGUUACCACCACGGGUUGCUCUCACUGGAGACAUGAUACGUCUUAAGAGUGAAAAGGCUCAGGUUGCUGUUGAAAGGCUUAGAGAAACCAUACUGUAUGAACAGAAAGCCAUUGAAGACUUUGGUAGUACAGUCUCCAACGUCUUGAAAUCCUCCAAUCUCAAAUAUACAUCACGUAGCCAACACCUUAAUGAAUUCUUAAAAGGGGAUGGAGAACAUGUGAUGUAUAAGUUUGAUGUGAGAUCGAGUAUGUUUAUUGAUAGUAAAGGAGGAAUGCAUGAGGUUGAUGCAGAGGACUUCAGCACAUCGAAAGCCGAUUCAUUGACACCUUUCUCGGCAGCGCUUAUUGACGGAAUAAACCAAAGCGACGCAAGACGUAGAGCUCUGAUGCUCUUCUGCCUUGUUUACUUCAAUGCAAAUGUAAAGGAUGCAUACAUGUUAUCAGUGGAUCGCAAGGGGUUUGACUUGCUGGGGAAAGUCCCAAGCUUGGCUGUGAAUGGUGAAUUUGGUCAGUAUGAGUGGAAAGAUUUCAGAUUUACGUUGAAGAAUGAAGCAACAGAUAUUGGGAGUUUCUGUCAACAAUUAAUGGAAAUGGAAGAGGAUGUUGUAAGGAGAAUUUCUAGUUAUAGUGGUCUUGGAUGAUCCCUCCAGAUUAAGAAUUGUAUUUUUCUUAGAACAACUAAGAACUUUUUUUAGUUUUUUUUCUUAAAAAAAUGUUCGGUUAUGAAGUAAUUUCACAUGACUUACAAAUUAUAAAAUUAAAAA